CGCCCGCCGCUCUAGCUCGCCUCUUCCGGUCAUAGAGCCCAGCCGCCCGCCCCUUCCGGGGAGGAGCCGGACGUCCGGGAUUGGGUGCCAAGAUGGAGGACAGCGAGUACGAGUCGGUUCUGUGCGUCAAGCCCGAGGUGCACGUCUACCGUAUCCCGCCGCGGGCCACUAACCGCGGCUACAGGGCUGCAGACUGGCAGCUGGACCAGCCAUCGUGGAGUGGGCGGCUGCGGAUAACAGCGAAAGGGCAGAUGGCUUACAUCAAACUGGAGGACAGAACUUCAGGAGAGCUCUUCGCCCAGGCGCCUGUGGAGCAGUUUCCCAGCAUUGCCGUGGAGAGCGUGACAGACUCCAGCAGAUACUUUGUUGUCCGGAUUGAGGACGGAAGUGGGCGGCGAGCAUUUAUUGGCGUUGGCUUUGCUGACCGAGGGGAUGCCUUUGAUUUCAAUGUAGCGCUGCAGGACCAUUUCAAGUGGGUGAAGCAGCAAUGUGAAUUUGCCAGACAAGCACAGAACCCGGCCCCUGGCCCCAAACUAGACCUGAGCUUCAAAGAGGGCCAGACCAUCAAGCUCAACAUUGCGAACAUGAAGAAGAAGGAAGGAUCAGCUGGAAAUGCCAAGUCCCGGCCAUCCGGCAGUGCAGGAAUGAGCCUCCUGCCUCCUCCUCCCCCAGGGGGCAAAGUGUCUGCUCAGUCCCCUCCCAUUGGGGAGCAUUUGCCUGUAGGAGUGGCCCAGGCCCAGCCAGCAGUUGCUCCAAGUACAGAGGCCACUUUACCCUGGCCACAACUCAACCCCACCACUGCUGCCACAGCCGAUGUCUGGGGUGACUUUGCCAAAGCUUCCGGGUCCACUUCAGGCCAGACUCAGCAGAGCUCCAACUGGGUGCAGUUCUAACCUGGCCCCAGCUUUUGCUUUCCCAAUGUGCCUCCUGGGGAAGAAGCAUCUUUACUGUGGCCCAGAGGGCGGAGGAUCCAGACUUCCUGUGCCUCUCCAUUUGGAACAUGCCUCCUUUCCGUCUUCCUCCUUUGCAUCCCCCAGGUCCUGCUCCUCUGUCUCUGUAGCAUCUUGUGGCUGGGUAUUGUAGAAGACUUCAGGAUUCAGCACUGAAAACAGAGACCCUGGGGCAGAGCCCUGGAAUGGGGACCCAAGAAACUGAGGCCACGUCCUGCUCUCUGCCUCCAGGGCUGGAUCGGGGCUGGCACUCUAGCUGCAGGCCUUUCUGGGGGAUAUCCAUUAUCUAAUGCAGACCCUGAGAGACUUGGGUCAGUUUGCUUCCCUGGCUGAAGCCUCUAACCACGGUGUUUACAUAUUUAAAGUGAGGGCUCAGUGGGUGUUGGGGUGGUUCCUCCAUCCCACUUCUUCUCCAUACACCCUAGUUACUGAAGUCAGGUCCCUGUGCCUCAUGGAAAUGGAGGCACCAUCCAGGUUUCCCAGUAGCCUAAGGGGUAAGAAGGCCCCUUGGGAGGAGAUCAGGAAACACCUAAUUGUAUUAAGCCUUUCUUUUCUAACAUUUGCUUUGCUGACCUGCAUAAUCCACACUAACUUUGGGGAACUGUCCCUUCCAGGACCUCUGGAGGGAUCCGCCUCUGGCAGCUACAGUGCCCACCUGCUCUUUGGACUCCCCCUCCUCAGGGUUUCCAGGGGCAGUUGUCAUCUCCCUCCCGGUUGCAGGGUUUCCAGCGCCCCAAGCUGCUGAGUAGAAGCUGGAGGCUGCUCUGGGAGAGUUGAGCCCAGACUGUGCCCACUCAGGAGGCCCUUUUUGAGGCCCUUUUCUCCAGGCCCUGCGAAGGAAAGCCUUCUUGUGCUGGGCCUCUCUGGGUGGUUUCUGAGUGCCUUGUUGUCUAUGGACAACCACCUCCUUUUCCUUUCUCUUACAUGCACUGUGAAUGAAAGCUAGGAGCCAUGUGGAGGGAAUGGAGGCAGGUGUUACCUGCACUACUGUUUUGAAAGUAAUCGUAUCUCUGCAAGCCUCUGAAAUUCCUUGUCACGUCUUAUACUUGUACGUUGUCUUUCAUUGGAAAGGAUUCAUUCUUUUGUGGAUCAGAUGUUUUGCUUAGAAGUCCUGAGUAAUGGAUAGAGAAUAUGAAAAACCCUUUGUACAGGGUUAGAGUGAAGAUUUUUUAAAGAAGAAAAGUGUUUGCCUUUACUAGUUUAUGUCAAGGAUGAGAAUGUUUUUGACCAUGUAUAUGCUCACUGUGUGGCUAGUAAGUGCCUUCAGCUUCCUUUCUGUACCUAGAAGUUUGGGUGGUUUCAGAAGCAAAAUGUGGAAAUGCGUGGUGACUUGAAACUAGCGUAUUUUUUUUAAGUGCCUAGAUAAGCCAAUCCCUGGUGGAAUAAGCUGGAUGACAAUAAAUGACAUUUGGACACA